GAUGGGAGUCUCGAGAGGCCACUGGGUUGAUUUGUGGCAAGAAGUGACCCGGGAGAUGUGAUAUACAAGACUAGUGCAGGCGACCUCCACAGCCCCCAGGCCUCCUGAGCCCAAGCCUCUGAGCUGUUUCUUUCCCCAUUACCAUCUCCCCCCUCACCCCCCCACCCCCAUCCCUCUCACUCUCCAAAGUUACAAACUGUGAGUUUCCUUCCUGAUAAACCUCCAAGGCCCUCUCACUGAUUGGUCUCAGUUUGGGAAAAGGACGUGACAUCAGCAGCUCCUCUAAGAGCUUGGUGUCCUGAGGUCUCUCUGGGCUUGGGCCAGCCCCUAAGUAGCCAGGGGAGGUGGAUGUAAGCCUGGGACCUGGGUGCUCAGGUUACCGGCAGGCUGCUGCUGCUGCUGCUGCUGCUGUUGUUGCUGCUGCGGCUGCUGCUGGCACCGAACCCCAGCCUGCUGCAGAGCCUGUGUGCUCAACAGAUGAGUCACACGCCUGAGCUUUGAGUGGCGGGGAGGAUGGAAUUUGAACUCUCCUGAGCCACCGGAGGGGAACCCUGCCCUGCUCCACAGCCCAGCAGAGCCCAUGGCCAGCCAGGGAGGCAACGGGAGCACCAGCAAGCCCCAGGGCUUUGGAGGCCAGCCCCAGCUCCAGGCCUUUGCAAACCCCCUGAUGAGUGAUUUUGUGUCUGAUUGGUCUCCCAUGCAUGAUGCUGCUGUUAAUGGACGUCUCCUUUCUCUAAGGAUGCUCAUCAGUCAGGUAGGGAACCAUUUCACAUUUCUAUUUGGGAUAGAAGCUUUUGUUAAACUUUCCUCCUUUGAAGAUGAACCCGCCUUCCCUGUUCCCACGGGAUAUGGUGUAAACCUCGUUACAGCUGAUCGAGUGUCGCCACUUCAUGAAGCUUGCCUAGCAGGCCACUCGACUUGUGCCGGUGUUCUGUUGAAGCAUGGGGCUCAGGUGGAUGGAAUGACUGUUGAUUGGCACACACCUCUGUACAAUGCCUGUGUUAGUGGAAGCCAAGACUGUGUGAACUUACUGUUAGAACAUGGAGCAAGUCCCCACCCUACAUGUGAACUUGCAUCUCCUAUCCAUGAAGCUGCCAAAAGAGGUCAUCUGGAGUGUGUGGAAUCACUUGUAUCCCAUGGAGCAAAUAUAAAUGAAAAUAUCAGACACCUUGGCACUCCACUUUAUGUGGCAUGUGAAAACCAGCAGAUAGACUGUGCCAAGAGGCUACUUGAAUCAGGAGCAAAUGCUAAUCAAGGCAAAGAGCUGGAUUCUCCUCUUCAUGUGGCAGCCAGGAACUCCAGUUCGGAUCUGGUUCAUUUGCUGAUAGACUUUGGAGCAGAACCACACUCAAAGAAUGCUGAAGGCAAACGGCCAGUGGAUUUGGUUCCCCCAAAUAGCACCCUAGCACAAGUAUUCUCCCAGAAAGAAGAUUACCUCUACUCUGUGAGACAUCUCUUAUAGCAAAGCAAAACAAUGAAGUAAAACUAAUAAUAGAGUGACCUCAUCUGAAAGUGCAUGUUAACAUUCCAGAUCUGUAGCCUCCUCCUCCGUCUACUUUUUUUUAAAUGGACAGAAAUCUAUUUUUCCCUCCUCCACACUACUGGGGGUGGGGGGUGGGGGGAAGAAAAGCGAAAUUCCUUGUAACAAAUGCAUAUAAUCAAGCAAAACAAAUUCCUUCAGUGUUUAUAUACUAAGAAUAUGUCUUAUUCUGCCUCCUAAAUUUAUCACCUCUCUGUUAUAAAAUGUUUCAUCAUCAGUCCUCAGGAAUCUUGAAUGAUAAUUGUAUUGAUAGAAUUCUUACAAGUUGUUUAUUUUUACAAUAUUGUAUUGUAAAAAUUAUUUUCCUGGUUCUGCUCAUUUUAUUCU